GUGGUGGGAGGAGGAGGAGGAGUUGUUGGAUGCUGUCGCCUCCGUCCGUUGGUUGCACCCCCUCGUCGUUCAUAAAGGCGGCGUCUGAUGCAGCGCUUUUAAACUCACUCCGAGAGGCGCGCCGUUCAGGAGAGGACGCGCCAGGAGCCCUGCUUCGUGUCGACAGAGGUGAAGGUUCGCACGCGCUCCAAGCUGCUGCAAGCUGCUGUUGUUCUCAGCCACGAAUAGAAGAUCACUCCUCCCAGCCGUCGCCCAGCCAUGCCACAGCAAGUCAUCUUGACGGGUCCAGCGCCGUGGGGGUUCCGUCUCGUGGGAGGAAGGGACCUUGACCAGCCUCUCACCAUCAGCCGGGUGACGCCCGGCAGUGUCGCGUCCUCGGCUAACCUGUCUCCCGGCGACGUGAUCCUGGCCAUCGAGGGGGAGAACGCGGAGGAGAUGACCCACGCCGAGGCCCAGGAGCGCAUCAAGGCGUGCAGCACUGCCACGCUCACGCUCAAGAUUGACCGACCUCAAACAACUUUGUGGAGGCCGAAUGUGCUGGAGGAAGGCAAGGUACACCCCUACAAGGUUAAUUUGGCUUCCGAACCACAGGAAGUCAAGCCAAUUGGCGUCGGCCACAACCGCAAGCCGGCACCCUUUGCCCCCGCGGGCAGUGCCCCAAAGGUGAUUGGGCCCCAAUACAACAACCCAGCGGGGCUCUACUCGUCCGAUAACCUGCACCACGCUCUGCAGACGCAGUGUGCCGUCGCACCACCGGCCAGCAGAUCCCCUCGUAUCUCUCUCUCUCGCCAGGAUGAAGACUACUUUGAGCACAAAUUCAAUGCCAGGCCCAAGCCCUACGUUCCUCCCAGCGGCAGAACUGUUACCCCUCCGCCCUCCGUAGACAGCGGGCACGUCACGCCGGUGCCCUCAAGUGAACGUAGCACCCCUUCGCUCCCCCCGGUCGAGUUUAUCCAGCCCUACGUUAGCCACGCCGUGCCCUCUGUAUCCAGUGGUCGCAACACCCCGUCCGUGACCAGCCUGCUUAGCGUGAAUCCUCAAGAUCUGAAGGACAUGGCUAGGGCCGCACCAAACAAACCCAUUGAGGUGGAGGUGCCUGGCAUGAAGGUCUUCCACGCACAGUUUAACUCGCCAAUGCAGCUUUACUCUCAAGAUAACAUCAUGGACAGCUUGCAGGGUCAGGUCUCUUCGGCCUUAGCAUGCGACAGUCAACAGAGCGAGCCACACAUCCCAGCCGUCAAGGGUGGACUCCUCGCCGACUCGGAGGUGUACAAGCUGAGGCAAGAGAACCAAGAGGGCGGCUACGGGCCGAAACAGUCGGGCUCCUUCCAGAGGCUGCAGGAGAUGCUGGAGGAAGCCCCAGGUGGCUCUGAACGCACUGUGGGCAUACGGAGUGUGAAGGCACCUGUUACGAAAGUGGGAGCAGAUGUGGGUGGAGUGCAGAAGCUGCCGAUUUGUUCCAAGUGUGGCAAUGGAAUUGUAGGCCCCGUGGUGAGAGCCCGGGAUAAACCCCACCACCCCGAGUGCUUCACGUGCGGUGACUGUGGAAUGAACCUCAAGCAGAAGGGCUUCUACUUUGUGGAUGGGCAGAUCUACUGCGACGCUCACGCCAAGGUGCGCCUGCAACCGCCAGCCGGCUACGAGCUGAAAGCGGUGUCCCCCAAGUAAGCGGCGAGCUCGGAGGAGGAGAUGUUCUAGCAGUUGCUGCAAUUACACGGGAGAGACACCCCAGGUAUAUUUGGUUAGGGAUAUUAUGGUAUGCUCUUGUGGAGUGUCCACACACUUAGUGAGUGACGUUUCAAAAAAGAAAAAUGUUGAAUUGAAGCUGAAAAGUUUAUUUUUUAAAUGAUGGAAUAAAACACGAACACUGUCUUGAAAAUUAUAGCCAUGGCAUGAACUACAAGUGGGGCGAUUUUCAUAUUUUAAAAAGGUUAAUGUAAAAUGUAUAUUGUUAAUUCAUCCACUGUUUAUAAGACUUCCAGCUUGAUUCUUUGACUUGGGGGCUCGGAUUAAGUAGCUUAACUCCAAUGCCCGAGUUAUUUAUACCACGCAGAAUGGAAGCUGAGAUUCUUAGACGGCAAUCCUUUUCCUGUAGUCUUCUAAUGAGUUUAUUUGUGGACUAGUUGAGACAAUUAAAUAAGAAGCACACAAUACAGUACUUUUGCCCGUGUGAGAAAGGCACAGAAUGCUUAAUUUCAUAAAUAUAUAUGUGGAUUUACAAAAAGUUGUGAAAUAAAAUGUUUAAUUUGGUGUUUGACAGUACUUCUCUGUUGAAAAACGACGUGGUUUGUUUAUUUCUUUUCUCGAUGCACGUUUAUUGUACAUGUGACAAUACUAUUUUUUUAUGUCGAGUUACACUCACAAACAACUAUGCAUUGCAAAAUAUUUUUACGUGCAACUUGUGCCCAAUAACAACAUAUGUACGAAUGUUAUUGCAAAUGUCAGCGGCAUACAUUUAUUUUACAUACGAAACUCAAUGUUUAAUGUUGAUCAACUUUACGUUUGAUCUCGAUGUUUAACUUUCAAUUGCUACUUUACACCUUGGAUUUGCUAAAAUACGACGGCACAAUAUUUAUAGUUAAUUCUGUUUGAAAAUUUUAUUAUAAACAUUAUCCGAUUUUCAGUUAGCAUUUGAAAUGCAUGUAUUUGCCAAAGACGUAUUGUCGUAAGCUAAAGCCAAUUUCUUACUCCUAACUAUCCAUUUAGCUUAUAUCACUGAAUGUUAGAUUGUAUUCAACUUCAUUAAUUACUUAUUUAACAUCAAGAAUUUGCAUACACGUUACAUAUAGCUUUACAUAUUGUUUUGGGGUAUGUUAUCAAAACACAUGCACAUAACAUAAGUAAAUGAACUACAGUACCAUUGAAGAACGUUUCACGUCUUAUGAUUGUAUAUUAAUGCAGGCAAAUUGAGCAAUUAUUAAACAGUGUUUUAUUGAUUCAUAAAUGCAUUGUAAUUACUAACAUAAACAGUCUUUCCUACGACUACAAUUAUGGUGCUGCUGCUGCUGCUGGAAACGACCUGCACACUGGACUUGUAAUCCAAAGGUCGUCCGUUUGAUUAGAUAUCGUGGCGCAGCAGUUGAUAUAAUGGUGCAAGUUUCGCAACUGUGUGAAUGGGUACAGGACAGUUGGUUGACCGGUAGGUUGCGUGUGGUGGGGUAAAGUGUGGGUACUCUCACCUCUUCCUAGUCGUAUGGCCAACUUGGAAGAGUUAGACCAAUUACCCUCUAAGAGGGGCUCUCUAGAGCUGCAAUUCUAAAAUUCCCCACCUCCACAAAUACGAGAAGGCGCAAACAUAACCACAACAUUUUAUAGUUUCGACUCGAGUUAGAUCAUACUUUCAUUUGACACUGACACUACUGGGAUGGUGAUAAUUAGUGGAAAUGUUAAAUGGAUCCAUCCUGCAGUGACAGGGGUGAGUAAAAUAGGAAAUAAAAAUCCGCUUGAACAUCGGAAAGUGUAAAAGAUAGAAUUUGAUGUGCCUUAUGAAGUCCUAUAUUUUUAAUAUCUGAUGGAAGCUAUCAUGUAUUGAUGUUAUGAGUAUAAUAAAGUACACUUUAUAAACGUUA